UCAACUAAAACGACAUUGUUACUACUCAAAUAGACAAGCCUCUUGAUCCCAAAUUUCAACAGACAUUGUUAAGACUCAAAAUACAAACUGCAUCAACAUCUUACCAGGAAAAUAAUACAAAUGUAACCGAACUCAACGCAUGUAAACUACUUGCAUAUUCAUGAAAGGAAAAAAAAAGGAUUCAAUGAAAUCAACUCAAAUCGAUUAAAUUUAUCCAAUUCGAGGAAAUCUAAUACAUAACCCUCAUUCAAGAAAAAUAAGAACAAAAAUCAAGUAAAACGCACAAAAUUCAAUUGAACCAAUUAAAGUAAAUGAACAAUUAGAAUUAGAAUAAAAUCACCUAAUAUAAUGAAAUUGCGAGAACGACGAAGAUUGAAACUCCAAAAAUGCAAAUCGAGGAAAUCAAAAGCAAAUCCCUAAUUCUAGUAAAAUCAGAACGGAAAAUCGAAUAGAAGGCAACAAAUUUCAAUUGAAAACCUAAUAAAGAAAAUUAACAAUAAAAAGUAGAAUCUAAUUCACUUACCGCAACAGAAUUUGCGAGAACAAGAAUCGAAGUUCAACAAGCAAGAGCGGAUGAGAAUCUGGAAAGGAAACGCAUGAGAUGAGAAAAGAGGAGAGAGAAAGUCUAGAAUGAAAAAUGCGGGAGGAGAGGGAAAAUCUCAGAAAAGUUGAAAGGUCAUUCAGUAGCAAAAAUUACGAAAAUACCCUUAAUGGAUGAAUUAAGCGGGUGAAACGUGAGCGGUAGGAUUGAACGGAUCCGAUGGUUGAGAUUAGUUCUCAGUUCUCAUCUUAAGGGGUGGUUCUCACCAGAUCCCGAUUCUAUAUAUAUAUAGAAAAAGGAUCAUGUGAGAACACUUGUUAAGGUGAGAACAAAUCUUAUAUGAGAACGAAUCCUGACCAUUAAGGGCGAAAGAUCUAACGGCUAAAAUAUCUCCUGUGUAACUGUUAGAGUAAUGGCAAAUCCGUAAUUAUAUGUAAUAACAAAAACAAACCAUCAUCUUCUCACGCAAUUCAGUUCUUUCUCUCUCCACCUUCAUCUCUCUCCUGCUUCAUUCGUUCUGCUGGUCUCCCUCUUUGCGGUUUAAAACCCUCAAAAUUCCAUCUCCUUAAAGGUCUUCACUAAUUUUCAUCCAACUCAAACAAUAUUGAACAAUUUUAUUGAUUUUUUCCCUGGAUUUCAUUUCAAUCCAUUUGAAAUUACAGGUACAAAUUCUCUGGACUUCAAUUCAAUCCAUUUGAAAUUACAGGUACAAAUUCUCUGGACUUCAAUUCAAUCCAUUUGAAAUUACAGGUACGAAUUCCCUUAUUACACUAGAUUAUCGAUUGAGCACAUUUUUGAAUUUGAUUUGUUUUAUUUUGUGUGGUUUUUUAGCAUUGUUUUGUUGUUAUUGAGUUCAAUUUUAGUGUGUUGGAAAAAUCUCUAUUUUUAAUACAUAUUCUUGAUAUUAAAUCCAUAUUUGUUUGAGUUUGAUUUGCAAUGAAGAAUCUCUUCAAUCGUGCGGAGUAAUAGUAUUGUGAAGUCGAUCAAUAAAAUAUAAACAGUUAGGAGACAGGAACUAAUUACCUGAUGUUUUGUGGCAACUUAUUGAGAAGCUCAGACCUUCUCAAUUCAGGAAAGAGACUGUUUAUGUAGAACAUAACACACCAAUCAAGUUUCUGGGUUUCUUUUGAUCCUGAACAACUGUUACUUCAUGUUAAGGUACUGAAUUCUACAAAGAACUAAAUGCAAUUGUGGGAAGAGCCAAGGAGUUACUCUUUGUCUCUGACGCUCUUUCUCUUGCUAUAACACAAAAUUAGUGGCGUUUUCAUGCUUGUUCUUGGGGAUUUUGCUUGAUUUUGAUGAUUCUUGGAUCAAUGGCUUUUCUUAUAGGGUUUAUAUUGAUGCCAUGGAUAAUUGGACUGGUUUUGGUCUUCUAAUCUGUCAUAUUUUGGAGGAUCUUGUCUCUCCCGGGAUUUCUUCCCCCAAGAUGUUCCUGCUCGGAAAUGCUAAUGAGGAUGACAUGGCUUAUCAAACGUAGAGAGAAAUUUUCGUUCGAAAAUACUUUCCUAAGUGUAGAGAUAAGAGAGAAGCCUGAAUACUUGGGAACAAUUCACGUGGAUCCAAACUCUCCUACAUAUUUGAAAGUUAUCCAUCGAUUGUAUGUUCCUAAUUUGGGGGAUGAGUUGCAUCAUUCAGGUUGGAAUUCCUGCAGUUCUUCACAUGGAGACUCGUCUGGUGACAGACGAUUUCUCAUGCUUCCUUCUUUAAUAUCAAGAAUGGUGUACAUCGUAAAUACGAAAAAGAAUCCCAAUUCCCCCUCGUUGCACAAAGUUGUUGAGCCUGAAGAGAUCUUAGCAAAGACUUGAUAAGCUUACCCCACACUUCUCAAAAAUAAUAACGUAGUAUAAAAAAGAGUAAUCAUUAAUAUUUACUCUUUGGUCUUUUUUUGUUUGACUUGAUCUAUAUGUAACAAGAUACCAUAAAGUACAUUGUAAUCAUUUAUAAGAUACAUUGUAUUAAACUAUAAGGUACAUUAUAGAGAUCUAUAAGGUACAUUAUAUGAAUCUAUAAAUUACAAGUCA